AUGAGUGCCAGCAGCAGCCACGGGCCGUCCGCUUCCGUAAGUGCCGUCUCGACGCCGAUCAAUGCCGGUAACCGGCCGGAAUCGGCUCCGGCCUUUGGCAGCUCCCAUCAGGCGUCGACGCCACCGAAUUCGGGCGGAAAGUUUCUCGACGUCAAGACCGAGGAGAAGAAAAACCGCCGAACGUCGCUGCAGAUGCUUCUGCCCAAGCUUCCGUCGCACGACAGUGCCGGUCCCAGCCCGGGCCCAUCUUCGCCAGGAAUCUCGGGAUGGAACGACAACAGCCCCAAGAUCGAGUCCGGCUUCCCCGACAAGAACGAUUCUGCCAAGCUCAAUCGAAAGGAGUCGUACAAAGCACAACGCAAGAACUACCGACGUGAGAAGAAACGGGUGGCAUCGGAGCUGCUGAACUCCCUGCAGGACCCGGCGGUUAUUGUGCUCGCCGACUGGCUAAAGAUUCGAGGGACGCUGAAAUCCUGGACGAAGCUGUGGUGCGUACUGAAACCGGGCCUACUGUUCAUCUACAAGAGCCCCAAAACGAAGAGCAGCCACUGGGUCGGUACCGUGCUGCUGACAUCCUGCCAAGUGAUCGAGCGACCGAGCAAGAAGGAUGGAUUCUGCUUCAAGCUGUUUCACCCGCUCGACCAGACGAUCUGGGCGCCUCGUGGUCCGGACAAGGAAACGAUGGGUGCCGUCGUGCAGCCACUUCCGACCUCGUAUCUGAUCUUCCGCGCACCUAGUCAGGCGGCUGGCAAAUGCUGGAUGGACGCCUUGGAGCUGUCCUUGCGCUGUUCGGCCCUGCUGGUGCGUUCGGUGCCCAACAUCGACAUGAACCUGAGUGAAGGGGCCACCAGUACCACGCACGAAACGCAAUGGUCCGAGGCGGACUACGAAAAGCACUUCGAUGAGCACGCACCCCGCCUGAAGGAGCAUUUGAAUUAUCUGCUCAAGUAUCUGCCACCGUCGCCACCGGAGAAGAAAAAUUUGCGCGUAGAACCGAUCGAAAAAUCCGUGCCCCGUAGCGCUUGUCCCUCGCCGACACCGAUCUUUCAGCAGCUCUACCUAGCGGUGGCCCACUGGGAACGGUAUCUGCGCGAUUCGCCAGAGUUUUUCCGCUGCCGCUCGGUUGACAUUGGUGCGUCACUUUGCAGGCGGCUGGCGUCAUCGACCGGCACGAUGUCACCGGCCGGCGCCGACGAGGAAGACGACGAGGAGGUGUUCCAAGAUGGCCAGCAGCAGGAUGACGGUGCGAUGCUGAUGGCGGGUGGAAAGCGCCGCAAUUCGUACCAGGUUGGCGGUGUGGCGGAGUCAACGGAUGCUGGCAGGCUGGCGGCAGUGGGCAGCGGAUCGGAGAAGAUGCGGCGGCGUAGCUCGCCAGCGGACUUUUCCAAGGGCGGCAACCACGGCAUCACGAUACGCAUCUCAGAUGAUCAAUAUUUGGACAUCGACAGCCAACCCGAUCAGGGCACGAUGGUGUCGGCGGGAGAGUCCGACUCCGAGUCGGAUCUGGGUGAAGGAAUGGAUGUUGAGGAGUUCCCUGAGACGCCGUACGUACAUUCGUCCGAGGAGGAAUUUGGUGCGGCUGGCGAACAGGUGGAGGAAUUGCCCGAGGAACACAAGAGCCUGAUUUGGUUCCUAGUGAAGCAGGUGCGCCCUGGUAUGGAUCUGAGCAAGGUGGUACUGCCCACGUUCAUACUGGAACCCCGCUCGUUCCUUGACAAGCUGGCCGAUUCGUACUACCACGCCGACAUCCUGUCCAAGGCCGUGCUGGAGGAUGAUCCUUUCACGCGCAUGAAAACCGUGGUCCAGUGGUACCUGUCUGGGUUCUACAAAAAGCCGAAGGGGCUGAAGAAACCGUACAAUCCGAUCCUGGGUGAGACGUUCCGAUGCUACUGGCAGCACGAGAACGGCAGUAGGACAUUCUACAUUGCCGAGCAGGUGUCCCAUCACCCGCCGGUGUCCGUGUUUUACGUGACGAACCGUCAGGACGGCUUUUGCAUCAGCUGCAGCAUCUUGGCGAAGUCGAAAUUUUACGGAAACAGCACGUCGGCCAUCCUGGAGGGUGUCGCUACGCUGACGCUGCUACCGCGUGGCGAAUGCUACACACUGACGGUGCCAUACGCGCACUGCAAGGGCAUCCUGAUGGGGACGCUGUCGAUGGAGCUGGGCGGCAAAGUUUCGAUUGAGUGCGAAAACACCGGCUACAAGACGGAGCUGGAAUUUAAGCUGAAGCCGUUCCUGGGCGGCAACGAGUACACGAAUCUGGUGGUGGGUAAGCUGAAGCUCGGUAAGGAAACGCUUGCCUCCAUCAAUGGGCACUGGGAUGGCGAGAUCCGGAUAAAGGACUCGCGUACCAACGAGGAAUCGCUGCUGUUCAAUCCGACACAGGACGUGCGGGGUAGACGGCUGAAGCGGUUCACCGUGCCGAUGGAGUCGCAGGGUACGAAUGAGUCGGAGCGGCUCUGGCAGCACGUUUCGGCCGCGAUCCACCGGGACGAUCAGGUGGGCGCGACGGAAGAGAAAACGGCCUUAGAGGAAGCGCAGCGAAUCUCGGCCAAAGAGCGGAAGGCGACGUGCACCGAGUGGGUACCGCUGCUGUUCCAGCAGGACUUUGUUACUGGCCAGUGGCACUACAAGUUCGCCGAUCUGCGACCCUGGGAUCCGCGUAACGAUUUGCGGCAGUACGAAAGCAACUACCGGAUCCAGACGAAGACGCGCCACCAAGCGCCGAUGGUGCGGACUGCAUCGGUCGUGAGCACGGAUCCGCUUAACAUACUGCAGGUGGAUUCGCGUGGCUCGUUGCGCAAGAACCGCUCGGGCGUGAUCAAACCAAGAAAGAUAUCCUCCAAUACUUCCACUCCGGAUCUGAACGAUCCCAACUCAGACUCUAGUCACUCGAAUGAUCACGAUACCGUUCUUUCUGGCUCAAGAAUCAUGCAAACGUUGGACGACAUCAACAAAAAGUUGGAGGAACACUCGAAGAAGCUCAUCAAGUUGCAGCUCGACAUGGACAAGAUACACUGGGCGCCGCCCCGGAGACAGGAAAUUGGAAUGGGUGGUCCACUGGCGGCGUUUUCCUCGCUUCGUGUCAAGACGGUCGUGUUUGCGGUGAUCGGACUGUUGGUUCAGCUGUUCGUUUCGUGGUUUCUGAUAAAACGUUCGCUUUCUCCAGCGUCUGCGGCCGAGAAUGGGAACGCUGACAGUGGUGCAGGUGGUGGCGGAGGUGGCACUAUCAAUGAUAAGAGAGAAGCAUAGGUGGCUUCACAGCAAUCAUAUACGAACAGUUUCCUCGGUAGGGUACGCUAUUUGAUACACUUUUAUAUACACCUAUCAGCAAGCCGGUAGCUUAAAAACCGGCCUGACAAGCUUUCCGCGCGACAGUAUCUAUCGUUCUAAACUAUCAAUCAGGCACCUCCAUUGGCUGGUGCAUUAUCGAAAACUACUUAAAUUACUCGUUAUAUUUUAGAGCAGACUUCAGCUUAUAUACUGCAUUAGGCUGUAAAACAUGGGGAGGUUUUUUGUUUGUUGGCGAUUGUCCCUCCCGGUAGCAAUUGGAAUCGCCAGUUGUGCUAGAAUAUUAGUUAGCCUGUGCUUCCGGCGUAGGCUCGGCAGCACGACCCCCGCUUUCCAUAGCUUUCCAUUGUAGCAUGGUUACUCGGCUGACGGUAACAUUCCAUUACGCUUUCGUUUGCCGCCGCAGCCGCCGCCGGUAAGCGAAGACACAGUCCUUGUUGAACCAACCGCCAGAGCCAUCUGGUGGUAAGAGUCAGCAACAGCCCAAGCUAUUUAUCCUUGUGCGCCGCGUGUAGACAAACGUUUUAGAUUUCCUUCCAUUUUCGCUUAGGGGUGGAUCUUUCGUGCAAGCGACGUUUCGAAACUAUUUCGAAUGCAUAUCGUGCACAAUUCUACCAGCCUCAGGAAGGACGAAUUAAAGCGUGCUACGAAACAAACUACCAGUGAAUAUCGUUAUCGGUUUGGUGACGGAGCAUUAAGAGCUUAACACGGUUAAUGAGAACAAAAAGCAAAAGCAAAACAAAAAAAGCAAAAAAAAAAAAUCAAAUGGUUUCUUGAAUGUUGUAAUCUCAGUGCGGUAUACUAAUACAGUUAGUUGUCGUGAGUUGACGUUGAGUUCGUGUGUUUGGCGGUUUAGCGCCCGAACAGGCUCUGGACGAUAUUGUUAAAUAUAUCCUUUCCAAUUUCGCUUUGGCCACAACAUAUGAUACCUCCAUUUUGAUAGCAUUGUUUCGGCUCUCCUCUCCGCCAAAGCCGCGCUUUGUGUCAGCAGGGCGCAGUGACAAUGACACGUACACUAAUCAGUUGCCUAUAGGAUUAAUGGUGUUACAAUUGCAAUAACGUACGAAAUGGUAUUAGAUAAUAAUGUGACGGUGUACCGGCAGCAGCAGCUGCACGGUUGGGAAUUCUAGUUAUUGAACCAUCGCCGGCAUAAUCGAGCCUGUUGCAAAUUGAAAUAAACUUUGAU